GUCGGAGAGUAAUUCUCAUUCUCCGCUCUAUAAAUAUGGCAGCGCUUGUCCAGUUUUUACAUCGACUUUGAAAGUUUUUUCUCUUCGUGAUGAUGAUUUUCCUUUUGUUAGCAUCCGUGUGUGCAAUCUCAGCUGUUCCCAACCGAGGAGUGCUGGAGUCACCAGGUCUACUCAACGCCGAGUUCAAGAGGUUCUCAGCAGCACAAGGCAGGGACUAUGGUCCUGGAGAGAUAAGGUACAGACUCAGGGUUUUUAGGGACAACCUCAAGAAAAUAGUGGAGUGUAACGAGAGAGAUAGCAGUUAUAAUUGCGCUGAAAACAUGUUCACAGAUCUCUCAGACUCGGAGAGGUCUGCCUACACCGGUCUCCAGAAUGUAACAGACAACAACUUCUCCUCCGCUCCCCUUCUCUCCAGCAGUGUUGGAGCUCCUGCUGCUAAGGACUGGAGGGAUCAUAACGCUGUUACUGGAGUUAAAAACCAAGGACAGUGCGGAUCCUGCUGGACAUUCUCUGCUAUUGGAGCUAUUGAGGGAGCGUACUCUGUUGCCACAAGUGUACUGAAGGUGUUCAGUGAACAGGAGCUGCUGGACUGUACCUACGAGACCAUGUACCCAGGAUACGAUGGUUGUGGUGGAGGCUGGUACUACGACUCCUUCAACUAUGUGAAGGAGAGUGCCCGUCUGGCACGUGAAGCUAACUACCCGUACCGUGCUGAUGAUGGGGACUGUAAGAUGGGAGGUGUCACUAAUGAUCUGGGAACUGCCAGACUUACCAGCUACGUUCAGGUUGAUAAAGGUGAUGAUGCCCUAGCUGGUGCUCUAGCUAUCUCCCCUGUAUCAGUUGCUAUGCUCUCUAACGGAGAUUUCUACAGCUACAGCUCUGGUAUCUACACUGGAGUAGGUGAUUGUCAGUGUAACUGGUCUCCCAACCACGCUCUCACUGCUGUAGCGUACGGAACUAACUUCUUCGUUAUCAAGAACAGCUGGGGAAAAACAUGGGGUGACGGAGGUUUCAUUAAGAUCUCCCGAGGUCUGAGAAACAGUGUGUGUAGAGCAGGAGACUUUGCUUACUAUCCCAUCUUCUCUGCUGACGGUUCUGAACCUACCCUUCCUCCCACUGAUGCACCCGUCACUACUGAGGUUGGGCCUACUGAUGAUAACGAUGGAUGUCCCAGUGGAACAACAAGAUGUCCUGACGGCUCCUGCAAACAUGUCCACAUGUGCUAGACAAGUAAUGAACAAGAGUCUGACCAAGAUAACAAGAUCCUUGAUGUGAUGUGAGCUUGAUAGUAUCUACUUUGUGAUUAUUUGUUCAUAUUAUUAUUCUUGUUGCUGUAAAA